AAUAAAAAUAAACGUGCAGCUUCAUUCAGGCACCGGGCACAGAGCCGAGGGGGGAGGAGGAGGGAGGAGGGGACAGAGGGUAUGCACCAGAUCUGACGUCAGAACCGUGUUACAAAGAAAAGCCGCGCGGCUUAAUAUUAAGUACCAUGUUCGUCCUUUUAAAAAGAGAGAUCGAGCUCCGGCGGCAUCGCGUCUGCGCGCACACGGCGGAACACCUGAAGGGGAACAGAGCACGCGGCACACCUGAUACACCUCCCUCAUAUCUGCACCAUGCCGGGAGCAGUCCACGGGGCAGAGCAGAAACUAUGAGGGGAGCAGAUGAGACCCACCACACAGCGUCGCGCGUAAUGAAGGGCGGUUUGGAAUAAUUCGCUCGUGUAGACGCACAGAGAGAAAAUGGGCAUGGCGAGUGAGGAUCUGCUUGUCACACUCCAGAUACUACCUGGUUUCUUUUCGAACUGUCUAUUUCUCGCCCUGUACGACUCCGUGGUUCUUGUGAAGCGCGUCGUGUCGCUGCUGAGCUGCUCCAGGUCUGCCGGAUCCGGAGAGUGGCGCCGCAUGCUGACCUCAGCGGGGCUGCGCUCCAUCUGGAACAGUUUCCUUCUGGACGCCUACAAACAGGUAAAACUUGGCCGCGAGGCACCAAACUCCAAACUGGUGAAGGUGCCUGAUGGCCUUCCCUGGACCAGCAAUAUCAGUAACAUGACUAAUGUGCCACCUGGUGCCAAGAUCCGAAAUGGAGAUGAGUGUCGCCUUCUGGAUUUUGAGUCAUUGGAUCGCCCUCUGGUGGUCAACUUUGGAUCAGCCACCUGACCCCCAUUCAUCAGCCACCUGCCAGCUUUCCGGCAGUUGGUGGAGGACUUCAGUGAUGUAGCUGAUUUUCUGUUGGUGUACAUUGAUGAGGCUCACCCAUCUGAUGGCUGGGUGGCCCCUCCCAUGGGCCAAUGCUCUUUUAACGUCCGGAAGCAUCAGAGCCUGGAGGAGAGGCUCGGAGCUGCACAGAAACUCAUUGAGCACUUUUCCCUGCCGCCGCAGUGCCAGCUGGUGGCCGACUGCAUGGACAACAAUGCAAAUGUCGCUUAUGGUGUGUCCAAUGAACGGGUGUGCAUAGUGCAGCAGAGAAAGAUCGCCUACCUGGGCGGUAAGGGGCCUUUUUUUUACAAUCUGAAGGAUGUGCGGCAGUGGCUGGAACAGAGCUACGGCAAGCGGUAGGAGUGAUGAAGGACAAGUGCAGAGGAGGAUACGUCCUGUUUUUCAAAAGGGAAAUGAUGCAUUAUUUGGUUUUGUGUGAACAUAAAGGGCAAAAUCAAAAUGCAUCUUCUGAUCAGUGGUGGAAAGAAACUCAGUACAUGUACUCAAGUACUGUACUGUCUGUUUUUUGGUACUUAUACUUUUGAGUAUUUCAAUUUCAUGCCACUUUAUACUCCACUAAUUCUCCAUCCAACAAAAGAUUUCCAGCUCUUCCUGGGGCAUCCCAAGGAACACCUCCAAUGGAAGGUGCCCAGGAGGCAUCCUAAUCAGAUGUGUGAACCACCUCAGCUGGCUCCUUUGGGCACAAGUGAGCAACGGCUCUACUCCGAGCUUACCCUAUCUCUAAGGCUGAGCCCGUCCUGCUGGUAUCCGCAGUCUAAUUCUUUCAGUCACUAACUACAUGGCUGCAGGUGAGGGUUGGAACAUGGAUGGACUGGAAAAAUUGAGAUGCUGCAGAUGCUGCACCAACCCGUCAGUCCAUCUCAUGCUCCAUCUCAUGCUCCGUUUUGCCAUCACUCGUGAACACGACCCCGAGAUACUUGAACUCCUUCGCUUCACUACAGUCCUGAGGGAAAUAUUGUACUCUUAACUCCACUACAUUUAUUUGCCACCUUUAGUUACAAGUUACUUUGCAGAUCCUGAUAUUCAAUUAAUAUUUUCUACUCUAUUGUUAUGGCUACAGACAAGACUUCACAUCCCUUGGUAAAGUUCAGAGGUUAGUAAAACUUUACCAGCUGCAAGAUUAAAAUGAUGAAAUGGGCCAUUUCACGUAAUGAGUACUUUUACUUUUUUGUACUUUUCAUAUAUUUUGAUGCUAAUAUUUUUGUACUUUUACUGCAAGUCAAAUUUUUAAUGCAUUAAUUUUAACUUCUUAACUUCUAACAGAGUAUUUCUACACUGUGGUAUGUAUUGUUUAAGUAAAAAAGGUCCGAUCACCACAACUGGUUAUGAUGACAUUGUGCCAAAAAAGGUGUAAUGAAUUAAGUUCCUAAACUAUGUGCUACUUAAAGUGAGGUACACACAUAAAGACUCUGAUAGUCCACAUUUGCUGGCAUAAAGUUGAAAGUGUCUGUGCUCCGUCCUCUUUUGUUGCUAAAAUGUUUCAGGCAAUUUCACAAAAAUAAGAAGAAUAUAAAGAAUAUAAAAUAAAUAUUUUUUUAUUAAGUAUGUACUAUACACUAUGUCAACAACCUAAUAUGAUCUCUAUCUACUCUCCUAUCUUUACGAGAAAAGAAAAUACUGACCAUUGUUCCCUCAGAAGUUUCCAUGUUUACAAUAUUGAAUUAAAGUAGAUUUAAUGUGGCUUUCUGACACUCAUGAACAGAAAAAAAAGCUUUAAUGUCAAAAUGAAAAUCGAUAUUUACCCUGCAGUUUUGAUAGACUAUGCUUGGUAAUGUUUUGCACAUCUGGACACUGUAAUUCUUCUCUGUUCCUCUUCAUAAAACUGCUCAAGUUCUUGUCAGGCAUCGUGGAGAUUAGGAGUGAACAGUUUUUUAUUUUUAAGUCUGGCCACAAAUUCCUGACUGGUUUGCGAUCUGUAUGUGGUGCAGCUUCAUAUGCGGGUUUAUUUCCUCCCAGGUGACAGGUUUCUUGCAGCAGGUUUUCAUCAUAGAAAUAACAUGUUUAGUUCGAUGGACAUAAUGUUUAGUUUUUGGUCUCAUUAGACCGUAGACCUUCCUCCAGCUGAAUUCAGUCUUCCACAUACCUUCUGGCAAACUGUAGCCCAGAUGUUGUGAGGUUCUCUUUACGAGUGCCUUUCUUCGUUCUCCCAUAAAGCUGUGAAAGUUUAAUCGCAGACGUGAAAUGAUCAAAGAUUACCUCACUGCUUAUUCAGUUUGUGAGGACAGUCCGUUCUAAACAGAUUUACAGCUGUACCAUACUCUUCCCAGUCGCUGUGUUUGAAUUAUGGGUGAGCUGGGCUGGAAAACAACAGAUCUGAGAAGAAGCUAAAGUUAAGUCGGUAUCAAAAGUAAUAAUCCUUAGGAUCUGUAACGCUGUGAUUGAUGAACUGAAGCUAUAAGAUCUAAUGUUAAGUGUGUGUGUGGCUCUGCCGUUAUUGCUUCACUGUCCUCUGUCAACAAGGAUGUUUUUUUGUUAUUUUUAUGUGUCAUGUUUCAUAGGCUGCUGUCACGUGUUACAUUGUAUGCCUGCCAUAGCGUAAUUUACGCAAUAGAUAGAACAA